AGUAAUGGCAUUGCUUGUAGAAUUAGUGAAUAAGAAGCCUUGAAUGCUAACUGUGUAUGCAUUUAGUCUUUUAGAAUGACAAGUGUGAGGUUCCAAUAUGUAAGGUUAAAAUAGCCAUGUGUAGUGAUCCUAGAAAUUAGCUAGAUGUGUGGCCGAGAUCAAAUGUGAUGUGUGUGGAUCCAGCUAAGGCUAACAGUCAUGAAAUGCAUGUGUGUUAUGCUCAUUUUUCCAUUAAGAGAAAUAUAUUCCUCUCUGCAAUUUCGGCUAGAGAGAAGAAAAACAUUCAUUCUUUUUCCAUCCUUCAAUCUUCUCUCUAUCUCCAUAUCGCAUAACUCAGAUAAACCAAGAACACUAACAUGGCCUCAAAGCCAGGUUCGAUCAUCUGAGCCUGGGAGUAAACCUGUGAAGUCACUGAGCUAAAUCGAAGUUCACUCGAAGCUCAGUGAAAGUCGUCGGAGUCUCAUUAUCAUCUGAGAAGAGAAAUCAACAUUCAAACCAAGAUGUCUGGAUCUGGAAGCUCGGAGGUGAGAACUCCAAUUUUCUCCGGUGAGAACUACGAGUUUUGGAGGAUUAAGAUGGUAACGAUAUUCAAAUAUCUUGGGUUAUGGAAUCUGGUAGAAAAGGGGAUUACAACCCCUGAUUUGAAGAAGAAGAAGAAGAAAGCUCAAUGGUCAACGGAAGAUGAAGAUGAAGAAAUGACCUAUGUGUUCAUGAAGGAUGUGAAGGCUCUAGGAAUCAUACAAAAUGCAGUCUCUAACCAGAUCUUCCCUCGGAUUGCCAACGCUGAUUCAACUAAGAUGGCAUGUGAUAUGUUGUAUAGAGAAUACCAUGGUGGUAAUCAGGGUGGCAAAACUACCAGAUCUGAAAGCACAAGUCGUGUAGCAACAAAAUUGGCUCGAUGACAGGAUUACCACCAUGAAAUCAAGCUGACAAUGGUGGCCUUGCCCACCAACAACCACAAAUCCACCCCUAAGCUCAAAUCAAGACCCAAAACAAAGAAGAGACCUUAAGAUAGGUACGACCUUGAUCUGGACACGGCUGAUUACAAAAUGGUGGAGGAGGAACUAGAAGAUGAGAGAAUGUACUAAAAAAAUCAGUGCAAUCCAAGAGAGACAAAGGGGAGGGAAGGCUGAGUGAGAUGGGGAAGAGAUGAAAAGCUAGGAGGAGAAGGGGAAGAGCUGCCACCUGUUAUAUUAGGUAUAUGUUUUUUGAGAUGUAGAGUGACGGAGUCAUUGAGAGA